GUUCCUGGUCGUGACACAGAGCACUGUGAGUUCCUCUACCUCCUUCGUUUCGCUAUUUUACAAGUACUGCCUGGCUGUGAAAAACUAUCUAUCACCUGUCAUCAAAGACGCGAUGGCGACAUUAGACGAUGCGAUAUUUGUUCAAGAGCGCCUUGGCUAUAAGUUCCAGGACCUGGAUCUCCUGCGUUUAGCAUUGAACGCAGCAGGGAAAGGAGGGGCCGAGGGUGAGGAAGACAGACCAGGAAAUAGCCGGCUAGCACACGUUGGAAAUUUUCUGAUGCAGUUUCUGCUGGCCUGGGUUGGCUUCUCUAAUGACUGGAGUCGAGCCGGCACAACUUCACUGAGAACGCGUCUCGGUAGCAACAGCCACUGUGCUGAGGUUGCGCAGAAAGUUGGACUGGACCGCUGCCUUAAAUACGAUAUGCGAUCAGGGUCAAAGUCGCCGGGGGUCCUCCGGAAAGCCCUGAACGCAAUCAUUGCGGCAGUGUUUUCUGACUCGGGCGAUUUGAAAGCAGUCCUGGGGGUCGUCUUAAAGCUCGGGCUGUUUGCGCAUGACGAGUGUGGCGUGGACCCCAAACUUUUAUCAAAUGAUCAUGCUGGUUCCAUAGGGAGCUUUGGUAACAUCUCUGCACCCACAGCCUUCAAUAAGGAUCUUGGCGUUGAUAUAUUCGAAAAAGGACCCGGCCCGAUGCCGGCCGAACCGAACUCCGAUGUAGUAGACGUCAACUUCCAUCAAGCGCCAGGCAUGUCCAUGAGCAUGCCACCGUGUCCAACGAAUGUGUUUGAUUUUUUGCUUGACGAUCCUUCACUAUCGCUGGGAGAAGAGAUCAUCAAUGGGCCCAAUGGCCUUUCCCUCGUAGCAGGCUCACAACCGGACUUGAUGGACCGAGAUAAUUCGAUCAUUUCCAGAACAGCUGGCCGAAAGAAGGCACGAAUAUCCGCUGACAGUUCUCCGUACCAGGCCAUGCCAUGGCUGGGUAGGUAUAUGGCAGAGGAGAGACAAAGGUGCAUCUUGCACAAUGUUCCACCACCGGAGCAGACCUUCUUUCCAGAAUAUAUUGAGAAGGAGCUGCGAGGUCUAGGGGCAAAACAUGCUAAAACCGCUACACUAGUUCAUAUCAUGAUAGCUAGCCCUUAUGCGAUUGCUAGUUUGCGCGAACUAGUCAUCUCCCAUCAGUCAAAAGGCUCGUCUCGCUUUUGGCAGGUUGAGCCCACUGUCUCGCCUCAAGUGCGAUUUGAAAUCAUCAGCAGCCUAGAUUGCAAUAUCACUGCGUACGGGAUUCUUCGUCGGUAUCAUAUUCUCCGUCUCUUUGAAGAUAGUGUGCCUUCCAAUAGCCGAGUAUUGACGAACUUCAUCAACUCGAGUUCAAACCAUCUGCAGGCGACAAAGAGACCUGGAAACCCUGGCAACAAUGCCAAAGCAGACGUCACCAGCGCCAUGAUGAAAGAGAUAUAUCACGGCCUGGAUCCGUCAUCCCCGGAAUAUAAGACCCGUCAUAGAGAAGUUUCCAGACUACAGAUUCUUGGACGACGAUUCCACGCCCUGGCAGCUAGGUUCCACCAGGGAAUCCUUGGCCUUAUACCGCCACCGGGUGGACUUACUAGGACAAAUGACUUUGAUAUAUCAGACUGCAUGAUACGCGAUCUGUCUGAUACAGCCUUUAACAACCUCCUAGAUAUCCUUGACAGGACACAAGGACCUUCCCUUAGGAGAUCCAGUGAUGUGACGAUGCGCCUAAUUGGGCCCCUGAUUUCUGGCACGCCGCGACCCCCUGGGCGGUUUCGCAUCGAAGCGUAUACAGCAGACGACAUAAUACGGCUUCCGAAAGGAUCCGAAGAGCUGCUUGAUAUAUUAAGUGAAGUUGCUACUUAGCCUACUUUCGAUAUUCUCGAGGUCUUCGAAUAUGGCACUAGAUUCUCCAAAAUUAUGUACGAAGGAUUGGACUUUUCAUUCUGGUAUACUCCGAAAAUGAAUUCUGUUCUGCUGCUCCUUCUUUGGUACGACGAGUAGGUUCGCAAGGCGCGGGUUUAUAUUCCUUGGCCUUGAGGCCUUCGCUCCUUCAUGUAUGUAUAUCAAGUCAAGAACUGUCCCCAGGCACCUCAAAAAGUUCCGUGUACUUCGAUAUGAAAAGGGGUGUAAUAUCUCAACGUCGUGGUAUCGGUUUAGAUCACUUGCCCCGUUGAGUAGCAGUAUCAAAUGGUCCACAACUACAUUACCAACUAGAAC